AUGAAUAAUACUAACACUAACACUAAUAAUAAAAAUUUAGCCUCCUCUUCCGCUAGUGUAAUUUUUAGUAAAUAUAUAAAUAAUAAUAAUAAUAAAUUAAUACCUUUUAAGAUAAAAAAUUCUGACCUAGGAAGAACGAGAUAUUUCCCUCCUAUAUCUAAAGAAUGAAAAAAUAGUAUUUAUGUCUUUAAUCAUAAUAACUUAAAAAAUUUACCUCUUUUUGAUAUAAAUAUUAAUUCCUUAAUAAAAGAUUAUUUUAAUUUACAAUUUAAGGAUAAAAUUUUAUUCAAAAAAAAGAGACUUUCUAAAGUUAAAGUUGUAUCUCUGAAUAAAAUAUAUGCUAGUAAAGCGGAAAUAAAGCAUACUAAUACUAAAGCUAUUUUAACUGUGUAUACUUUUAAUCGAGAAAAGAUAUCUUUAUAUAAAAAAAUAAAGAAAUUAAAAAAAUCUUUUUAUUUUGUUUUUGAUAAAAUAAUUUCUUUUAGUGAACGUGUAAUAUUGAGUGGUGUUCCUAUAAGGGUAGAUAAGGAUGGUAAGGUAUUAUCAAAUCUGUAUUUACCUUUUAGAUUACGUGGUGUAUUACCUUGAAUUACUGAAUCUCAUGUGAAUAUUUGGAGAAAAAUAAUUAUAGCUUCCCUAUAUAAAGAAUUAAUACUUCUUAGAAAAUACAAAUUAAGAUUAGAUCUUAAUAAGUAUAAAUUUGAAGAAAAACUUUUAUAUAGAUUAAAUAAUUUAAUAAUGAAGUAUUAUAAUAAAAAAGUAGAGUUUAAUAUUGUAAAUAUGAGAUCUUUUCUUCUUAAUAGUGAUAUAUUGACUAAAAUAUUAGCACUUAAAUUGAAAAACAGGAAUGCCCGUGUAAUAAAAAUUAUGGAUGUUAUAUUAAAUAAGGCAAAUUUACCUAAAAUAAAUAGAGUUCAGGAAAAAGCUUCCUUAAUAAAAAGUGUAGAUUGAAAUUUAUUAGAAAAUAAGUUUAAAAAUCUCAAUUUAAGUUUUAUAUUAAAUGAUGCUUCGUACGCGGAGCGUAAUAAUUUAUCUGAAUUGUUAAAUAAAUUAUAUUAUAAUGUUCUUUUAGUCAGCCAAAAAGGGGUAUGAGCGCUUCGCUCCCCGAAGGGGGAGCAGCCUUCCUUCCACUCAAAGAGUGGAGGCUCGCCUACUAAAUUUAUUCAGAAAGGCGCAGGCGCAGCUUCGCUAGGAGGAAAUGCUAAGGCGCAGCCUAAAGUUUCUAGCUUCGCUAAGGCCAAAAAAUAUGCAAAAAUAUAUCAAAUCAUAUUUAAUUCUAUAAAUUAUAAAAAUAUGGGUGGUCUAAGACUGGAAAUUAAAGGUAGAUUAACUAAACGUUAUAGAGCUGAUAGAUCUUUAUUUAAAGUAAAAUGAAAAGGUGGAUUAAAAAAUCUAGAUUCGUCAUAUAAAGGGUUAUCAUCUGUAAAUAUGAGAGGUUAUGCUAAACCUAAUGUAGAGUAUUCAAUAUUUACAUCUAAACGUCGUAUUGGAGCUUUUGCAGUAAAAGGUUGAGUUAGCGGUAAAUAG